UUUCGCAGUUUAUGCACAAAUUUACUGGGAGGCAAGAGACUUUUUCUGAGAAGCAGUGAGCCUAUUUCAUCCUUACAAAUUAUGGCAGAGGAAAACAACGAAACCAAGAUUCCCCAAGGGCAAAACGGUCAUGAAUCAGCAGUCAUCCCCCCAAGAAUGAGUCAGAAAACGAAAUGGCCGGAGGUGGUAGGUUUGACGUCGGUAGAAGAAGCAGAGAGGAUAAUAAAGGAGGAGAAGCCUGGAGUUCAAAUACAAGUUAUUCCACCAGAAUAUGGCGUUACCAGCGAUUACAAAGUGCAACGGGUCCGACUAUACGUUGAUUCCUCGGGAAAAGUUCGUUGGCCUCCUAUAAUUGGCUGACGAUUUCGACUUCCUGUGACUAAUUUCGAGUCCAUUCGAUGAAAACAUGUAAGACUUCGAUCUCUAUUUGAGGCUUGCUUGCACCUUGUUUCGUUACAUCGACUGGGUAUCUUAAUGAAUUUGAAUAAAGCAUGAAUGGUUUUUGUG